AUGUUGGUGAUUUUUGGAGGUUGUUGGUUUUAUUAUUUGUUUUGGGGGUGGUUGUGUUUGGGGUUGUGGUGUUUUUAUGUGGGGGUUUUAUUUGUUUGUUUGGGUGUUUGGGUUUGGUUUUGGGGUUGUGUUUGUUGUUGGUGUUGUUUUGGGGGUUUUGUGGUUGGGGGUGGUGGUGGUGGUGUGUUUAGAUUUGGUGGGGGGGUUGUGGGUUGGUGGGGGGGGGUGGGUGUGGUGGUUUUUUUUGAGUUGGGGUGGGGGUGUGUGGGGUUGGGGUGGUGGGUGUUGGGUGUGGUGGGGGGUGUGGGUUGGGGGGGGGGGUGGGGUGUGGUUUUUUGUGUGUGGUGGUUUUUGGGGUGUGUGGGGGGGGUGGGGUUUGGGUUGGGGGGUGGGGGGGGGGUGUGUGUGUGUUUUUGGGUUGGUGUUGUUGGGGGUUUGGGGUGGGGGGGGUGUGGUUGGGUGGGGUGGUGUUGGUGGUUGUGGUUGUUGGGUUGGGUGUGGUGGGGGGUUUGGGGUUGUGUGGUGUGGGUGUGGGGUUUGGUGAUGGUGGGGUUGGGUGGUGUGUUUGUUGGGGUGGGUUGGUGGGGGGGGGUUGUGUGGGGUGGUGUUUGGUGUUGGUGGGGUUUGUGGUGGGGGGUGUGGUGUGUUUUUGGGGUUUGGUGUUGUGGGGUGUGGGGGGUUUGGGUUGGGUGGGGUUUGGGGUUGGGGGUUGGUGGUUGUUUGGGUGUGUGGGUGGUGGUUUGGUGGUUUUGUGUGUGGGUGGGUUUUUGGUGUAGGGGUUUGGAGUUUGUUUGUUGGUUGUUUUGGUUGGGGGUGGUUGGGGGGGUUGUGUGGGUGGGGUUUUGGGGGUGUUGUUGUUUUGGUGGGUUUUUUUUUGUGUUGUGGGUGGUUGGUGGGUGGGGGGGGGUUGGGUGGUUUUGGGUUUUGGGUUUGUGUGGUGUGGGUGUUGGUUUUGUGUGUUUUGGGUUUGUGGUGGUGGUGUUGGUUGUAGUGGGUUUUUUGUGGGGUUGUUGUUGGGUGGGGUUUGUGUUGGGUUUUUUUUGGGUGUGUUGUUGUUUGGUGGUUGGGUGGGUUUAUUGUUUUGUUGGGGGGGUGGUUGUGUUGUUUGGUGGUGUUUUUUUGUUUUUUGGGGUUUGUGGUGUGGUGUGGUGUUUGUGGGAGUGGUGUUUUUUUGGUGUUUUUGGUGUGGUUGUGUGGGGUUGUUGUUUGUUGGGGUUUGUGUGGUUUUUGUUGUUUUUUUUGUUGUGUGUUGUUGGUGUUUUUUUAUGUUAUGUUGUGGUGUUUUUGGGGUUUGGUGGUUGUUUUUGGUUUUGGUUGGUGUUUGUGGUUUGUUGUUGUGUGGUUUGGUUUUUGUGUUGUGGGUUUGUGUGUUUGGUGGUUUGGGUUUGUGUUGGGUUGGGUUGGUUGUUUGGUUUUGGUUUGGUUGGUGGGUGGUGUGUGUAUUUGGUGUGUGUUUUUUUGUUGUGGUGUUUGGGGUGUGGUGAUGGGGUGGUGGUGGGGGUGUGUGGGUGUGUGUGUGUUGGGGUGGUGGUUUGGUUUUGUGUUUUAGGGUGGUGGUUGUUGUGGGUUGUUGGUUGGGGUGGUUGUGUUGAUUGUUUUGUGGAGUUGUUAGUUUUUUGGUUGUUUGGAGUGUGGGUGAGGUUUGUUGUUGGUUUUGGUGGUUGUUGGGGGGGGUUUGGUGGGGUUGGUGGGGGGGGGGGGGGGGGGGUUGUGGUGUUGUAG